AUGGAUCUAUCUUCGUUUAUAUUAGCAUAUUUUUCGUCCAAAAAUCUGUCUUUGAUUACCGCGUUCUUGUGUUGGAGCCCAGAUGACAUAUUUAAUCUACAAUUUCGCACGAGGUCUACGGGACAUCGCCUAAGGGUAUACAUUAGCGAAUUUUCCGUGCUACCCGAUAUGCCGGCUUAUCACAUCUUCCGCGAGGGCAUCGUUCUUGACCUGAGCUGCCCUCAUGCUCAUCUGAUUCUAAACAAGGCGUCGGUUAGUCGCGCUUUUAAUCACCGGCAUUCAUGGCUCUUACUGCCCGACAUUCUCUCCAACGAUACUGACUUAGGUGAUGUCCUUCAAGACACGGUCAUCCUGCCAGAUGCAGAUGUCGUGGUAGCUUUUCCAGAGAAAAUGUUAGAUGUGUAUCGGGUAGCGAUUGAACUACCUAUCACUGUGUUGGAUAUCGGUGGUGGUUAUACCAAUUCGGAGAACUUGAAUAGAUUAUGGGCCACAAUCCCCACAGCCGUAAAAAGGAGAAAGAAUUUAGGCCGCAUCUAUCUAAAAUCAGCUACUAUUAUAAGUCAGCCGCAACAUUUCAAAGGUUGGUCAGAUCUCAAUGAUCGCCAAAUUGAUACGUUUCCAAAACUUACUUAUCCUCUAAUGAUGCUGUUAGCUGAGGAUCUCAAUUUCAGAUACAAUAUGAAACAAGUCGAGUUGUACGGCGAACAGCAGAACGGGUCGUUCACUGGUCUGGCUGGACUAUUGCAGAGAGAGGAGGUGGAGGUGGGUGUAGCUUCCAUGUUUCUGCGGCGCGACCGAUGGAACGUGCUGCACUAUUGUUCUGAGACGGUGGAACUAGUCGGUGCCUUCAUAUUCCGUCAACCAUCGCAGUCGGCCGUGUCUAACGUGUUCCUGCUUCCAUUUAGCGGCGGCGUAUGGGCAGCGGUAGGCGCGGCUUUUGCCGGUGGUGGUGUACUUUUAGCGGUAUUGGGAUACGUAGCACGGCGUCGUCAGCUUCCUGAUGAUACUGCAGAACGGCUUACGCUAUCAGAAACCUUCACUUUCGCCAUUGGAUCUGCUUGUCAACAGGGUUCAGACAUCUCUCCAAAGAUAAUAUCAGCACGCAUCCUAAUGCUCUUCAUGCUGUUAUCUUCUGUGUUUGCGUUUACAUCAUACUCGGCCAAGAUCGUGUCAAUCCUACAGGCGCCCAGCGAUGCUAUACAGACCAUUGAUGAUCUCACACACUCACCAAUGAUUCUAGGGGUUCAAGACACAACAUAUAAGGAGGUCUACUUCGCGGAGAGCACGGACCCGGCAACCCAGCGGCUGUACAAACGCAAAUUGCAGCCACAAGGCGAACAUGCCUAUCUCAGUGUGUGGGAUGGUAUUGCACGUGUGCGCACUGGCUUAUUCGCCUUCCAGGUUGAGCUGAAUUCUGGUUACGGCGUCAUCAGCAGCACAUAUACGGAGCGCGAAAAAUGUGGCCUAAAGGAGAUCCAGGCCUUCAAGCUGCCCAUGGUUUCCGUGCCAAUUCGUAAACACUCAGGCUAUAGAGACCUCUUUGCUGUGAGACUGCGGUGGCAACGUGAGGCGGGCCUAACAGAACGAGCGCGGCGUAUGUGGAUGGUCCGACGCGUCCGUUGCGAAGCGGGCGGAGGCGGGUUCGUUAGCGUCGGCCUCGGUGACGUGUUGCCCGCGCUUCACGCACUACUCGCUGGCGCCGGUGCUGCCCUAUUAUUACUGCUCGCUGAAAUACUUACGCACUCUGUCAAACGGCGACACAACUUUUAA